UUCAUUCUUGUUUUUCUGUGUCUUUCCACAGUGGCUAUGUCUUUGAUUAUGAUUACUACAGAGAUGAUUUCUACAAUCGGUUGUUUGAUUACCAUGGCCGUGUCCCCCCACCACCCCGUGCAGUGAUUCCACUGAAGCGUCCUCGUGUGGCUGUGACAACAACUCGCAGAGGCAAAGGGGUUUUCUCCAUGAAAGGAGCAUCACGAUCCACCUCAAGUGGGGCUUCUUCCUCAGGAUCCAAAUCACCCACCUGUCUUCCCCUGCCCCUUAUGUGGAGUGAUACUGUCCUUGGAAGCGUCACUGGAAGAGGAAGAGAAAGAUCAGUGAAAUCAGAUGAGUUGCAAACAAUCAAGAAGGAAUUAACCCAAAUCAAAACAAAAAUUGACUCCUUGCUAGGGAGACUGGAAAAGAUCGAAAAGCAGCAAAAAGCUGAAGCAGAAGCUCAAAAGAAACAAAUGGAAGAUAAUGCUGAUUUGAUUCAAGAGGAAUGCAUAUCAGAGAAUGCAGAUAACUCUACAGAAGAGCCAAUUGAAGGAGGGCCAGAUGCAGAUGGGGAUGGAGAAGAGAUGACUGAUGGGAUAGAGGAGGAUUUUGAUGAGGAUGGCAGCAAUGAGCUGUUUCUACAGAUCAAGUGAUGAGAUGUCAUGUGUGAACCCCCUGAAGGCUGAGAAGAGAAACUCUGACUUCCCCACAGAAAAUUGUGAACUGCAGUUUCUUACUGGC